UUCCCAGUCUUCUUUCUCCUCUCUUGGCUGUGCUGCUGAUAUGACCAUGGCCUUGACCCUGACCACAGGACAGCCCAUGGGAGCCAGUAAUAGAAAAGGCCUGGAGACUGGAAACAGCAAGCUUGAAUCUUCAGACGAAGGAGGGAGCAGUGAAGCACCUCCUGCUUCUGUCUCCUUUGGAAUUUCAGAUGAGGGUGCUGAGCAGACAGAGAAGUGGAACUCGGAGUCUGACACAGAUCUGUGCAGACCAGACAGGCAGAGGGCAAGGUACACACGGCUCAGUCGCAGUGAGAGCCAGUCAGAAAGGCAUGUCAAGGAGACCAAGUCUAAAUGCAAGAGAAUUGCUCGGCUUCUAACUGAUGCGCCAAACCCCCAAAAUAAGGGAGCCCUGCUGUUCAAAAAACGCCGGCAGAGAGUCAAGAAGUUUACGCUUGUGAGUUACGGAACUGGUGACAACAAGGUUGACAGUGAAGACCAAAUAGAGGAGGGGGCUGAAGAAGUUAGAUCAGUCGGGUAUAACUUUGUUGCCACCAGUGAUUCAGAGUUAGAGGAGCAGUAUUCGCUUUAUCAGCAGCAGCACAAUUUGAGUCUGAAUUGGGGAAGUGUUCAAGAAAUGGAUGCUCUACCAGAGACAAAAGGGAAGGGAGUUUUGAUGUUUGCUCAGCGGCGCAAACGAAUAGAUGAAAUUGUGUCUGAGCAUGAAAAACUGAGGAGUAAAGGAUUACCUAUGGAAGUAUUAACAGAACCUGAAUGUGAACAAGCACAGAAUAUUUACGACACUGAGGAAAUGUAUGCGCAUGCUGAUCAGGCAGAUCAGAGUUAUAUGAAUGCAAAUCUCAAGCAGCAUGGAGAAUACCAAGAAGAUUUCCAGGACAUGAACCAUCUGUCCAAUGUGCCAAAACCCUUGGUACCAAACAGAACUGCAAGGCCUUUUCUAGGAUUUCAAGAUAGCCCAAGUUCUACCCCCAUACCUGGGAGUGUUGUUCCAGUUACAAAGAAACAUGAAACAAGAUUUAAAGUACCUGUGCCUAUUAACACUAACCCACAGGUUUGGUCUCCAACUGGAGACAUAAUAGCCUCAAGAGAUGAGCGAAUAUCUGUGCCAGCCAUCAAAACUGGCAUCCUACCAGAAUCAAAACAGAAAGCCACUAAUAAACAAUCAUCUGUGCGGGCACAAUAUUCAGAUCUUCACACUCAAAACAAGGGGGAAAGGAGGUCUUAUAUUGAGUCGGAGGAGGACUGUUUUAGUCUAGGUGCUGAAGCUUGUAAUUUCAUGCAACCCAGAACAAUAAAACUCAAGAAUCCCCCUCCAGUAGCCCCAAAACCCACCAUCAACCCAAACUGUCCACCAUGGAUGAGAAGGAGCCCCUCCAGCGAGCCCAAUAUUCCGCCAAGAAGUCCGGUUUCACAACCUUCGCACAGUCCCGUGGGUCCUCAUAGUCAGAAUUACUUACAGCAGCAAGACUGGGCUCAGCUUCAACAGAUGGCCAACCGCUGGGCACCAGAUCAAACUCAGGCAACACUUCAAACACCUACUAAUGCCUGGGCUCCGGACAGCUCUUCUCAGCUUCAUCUGCAGCCAACCACAAAUAGCUGGAGUCAACAGCAGCAACGAUCCCCUGUGAGUAUGCAGGCCCACAGUCCUACUUACAGACCACAGUAUCCAACUUCACGCUCAAAGAACAAGGCAGACAGCACUUCACACUCAAUUGCCUCUUGCCCACCACAAGCAGGGAAGUCAUAUAUCCACUCGUCAAAAGCACCACAGUUUUCUCCAAAGGGUCGGGUCUCAGACAGAGGUACCAGUUGGGCUGGUGAUGGUCCAGCUAUGACUGGAAAAGGUGCAGAAUUGUUUGCCAAAAGACAGUCCCGUAUGGAGAAGUUCGUUGUUGAUGCUGAAACAGUGCAAGCAAACAAAACCAGAUCCCCCUCCCCGACCUCGUCCCUCCCGAACUCUUGGAGGUAUUCAUCGAAUAUUCGUGCCCCACCUCCAUUAUCCUACAAUCCCCUUCUUUCUCCUUUCUAUGCUGCAGCCAAACAACCCCCUUCCACAAGCCCAAAAGUCAAUGUCAAGACCAAAGAGAAAUCUAAAUCAGCCCCCAAGCAACUCAACUCUUUAGAUAUAAUGAAACAUCAGCCUUAUCAGUUGAACUCAUCACUGUUCAAAUAUAAUGUGGUCCCUGGAACCAAAAGCCCCAUCCCCAGCCCCACCCCCAGUCCCAAACCAGCCCCAGUGUCAAAGUUUGAGGUUACCAAAAACCUUAAACUUAGAGUUGCCUCUGCCACUUCUCCUUAUAAUGCCUCUGAGCUUGCUGUUGAAAGCAAGGCAGAAGUCCCAACUAAGUCACCUGGAUCGGGAUUUGGUAGAAGUCGUUCGCUGAGCCUGCCUCAGAGACUGAAUUCAAUGCCUUCUCCUGGACAUCUGUCACCAGUGAGCACACCCGGGGUACUGCCAAUACAGAGGCAAACAUCAUUCCAAGAAAAAGUCCGCAAACCACUUACACCAUGGGAGGCAGCAUCAAGAAGCCCUAUUGGCUCUGUGGAUGAAGCCUUUUUGUUUCUCCCCUCAUCUGCAGCUACUAAUGCCAAAGCUGCAAAGCACCGGGGAUCUCUGCCAGAGCCUCCAGAAGAAUGGAAACGCAGGGUAUCUCUUGAUCCUGCACCUGUCAGUAAGAGUCAUUAUCAUCAUGAGGCCCCAGCUUUUCACAUUCUUACCAAGAGCAGGACAUUCUCACCUGAGAAACCAGCCUUCUAUGGGCCUCCCUUCAGACCUGCCCAGCCUCUUAGGGCCAGUAUUGGGCAAAUGGCACAAAGCUUCAGUCCAACAAAGUGCUCUCCUGUGUACAGUGCAUUUCAGAGAAGUUAAUAGAUGAAGUCAGAUAUCAGAGAAAGAGAAAUAAUAAACAAUAUUAGCAUUGUAAGGCACAGAUUUUCCUUCAGAGUAUAGAAAACAUGAAAUGCAGAGAAUUGUAUUUGUCACUAGGAGAUGGAGUACUGUAUGUUGAAAAAUGAGAGUAAGGCUUUGGCACAGCUUAAGCCAUUUGUUAUGUUGGUUUUGCAUUUAUGACAGGAUGGAUAAUUAUGUUGAUUGCAUGAAAAAAUCAUUUGGUUUAAAGCAAGAACGUACUGUGACGAUUGUGUGAGAUAUGAGCUCAGCUUUCAUGGGAAAUGUUGCUAUUGUGCCACCAGAGUGUCAUCCAAACAGUAUUAUAUCACUCAUCUUAUAAUAAUCAGAUUUUUUCUCAGUAGUAAUGCAGUGGCGAUUACACAAGUAACCAUUUCCAAUUAUUUCAUUCACUUUUUAUUGACUUGUGUGUUUUUCAGACGUCAUAUGGUUCCUAUUUUAUCUUUUGCAAUGCAUUGCCAGAAAAGUAGUAACCUUACAAUCAGUGUGUGUGCCUUAAGGAAAGUGUUAUUUAAAGUGACAAACUGUGUGUUGGCUUAUUUGCUUUUAUUUUGUUGAUCUUUUAAUAGGAAUGAAUCCUGCAUGCAUGAAUAAAUUCACAAAGUUUCCCACCUUUGAUUAGACACUGUGUGGUGUUUAAGUGUUAACAGAAGCAGAUGCUGUCCUUGAGUGCCAGAGUUUCCACGUGACGCGUGCAGAUUUAAAGUUGGGCUCUUACCGUGUACAAUGUCAUUGUUUUCACUUUUGAAACACAAGAAAUAAAACAGAU